AUGGAAACUUCUCGUGGGAAACGAAAGAGGAGCGCUCCCAAAGACCAGGAAGCUGUGAACCCUACCGAAUUAGAAGACAUUUUGAUUGACAUUUUAGACAAGGACAUAGACAAGGAGGACAUUGAUGACAGUGACCAUGACCCUGACUACUUGGAGGGAAGUGAUCAUGCUACAGACACAAAUCAAAGUGACUCAGAAAAUAAUGACCUGACAGCCAAUACCAGUACUUCUUCAGCUUCUAAUGGAAAUUUAGUGGGGGGUGACAUUCCAACUGACGAUGGCAACAACUUGCAGCGAGGAAGAAAUCUCUUCUAUUUUGGGCGUAGAACGAAAGAAAUGAUUAAAAAAAAUGUCUCAGGAUUCAAAUGGAAGAAAGAAUUCCCCAAUCAAGCUGUUCGAACUAGGCGAGAGAAUAUUGUCACACAAUUACCAGGUUUGAAGGCCCAUGCUUCAAAUCUGGGAGACAACCCUGAAGUUAUAGAUGUAUGGAAACUACUUUUCACACAGGAUAUUAUUGAUGAGAUAUUGUUAUGGACCAAUAAAAAAAUUGCAUCAAUAAGACCACGCUACAAAAAUCCAACUUCAUUCAUUCAUGAUGCUGAUUAUAUAGAAUUGUAUGGAUUUAUUGGACUACUUAUCUACAGUGCAGUAUUCAAGAGUGGAAAUGAAUCAGUUGAUAGUAUAUUUGCAACUGAUGGAACCGGCCGGGAACUUUUUCGUUGUACCAUGUCGAAAGAAAGGUUCCUAUUUCUUUUGCAUGCACUCAGAUUCGACAACCCAGAUGACCGAGAUGAUAGAAAGAAAGAUGUGAAAGAAGCUUCAAUUUCUAAUAUUUUUUAUAAAUUCAUUGAGAACAGCCAGCUAUGCUACACAGUGGGGACAUCCUGUUGUGUUGAUGAAAUGCUGGUCCCCUUCAGAAGUAGGUGCUCCUUCAAAAUGUACCUACCAAACAAACCGGCAAAAUAUGGGCUGAAAAUUCAAUGCCUCACAGAUGCGAAAACGAAUUACCUCUACAGUGCCUAUUUAUAUACUGGUAAAGGGAGUGAUGGUAGAGGCCUAACAGAUCAAGAUCAAAAACUACUGAAACCUACUCAAGCUGUAAUACGAUUAACUGAAUCAAUAGAAGGAACCAACAGAAAUAUAACCGCUGACAAUUGGUAUAGCUCAAUAGAGCUUGUUGAAGAGUUACGUAGGAGAGGAAUGACGUAUGUAGGAACAUUAAAAAAAAAUAAAACCGAAAUACCAGUGUCUUUCCAACCCAACAGAUGCAGAGAGGAGAACGAGGCAUUGUACGGUUAUACAGAAAAUAUGACUCUACUAUCCUAUGUACCAAAAAAGUCGAAGGCUGUCAUUUUGGUGUCUUCAAUGCAUCAUGGCCCCGGCACAGACGAGACCAUCAACAAACCAGAGAUUAUUGCAGAGUACAACAGAACAAAGGGAGGUGUUGACACGGUUGAUCAGAUGUGCUCUAAUUACUCAACACAAAGGCGGUCACGAAGGUGGCCAAUGGCCAUUUUUUUUGCACUGUUGAAUAUAUCAGCUGGGGUCAAUGCAUUCGUCCUCUACAAAGCCUACAAAAAUACUCCUGACAUGAACAGAUUGGAGUUCAUGAAGGUUCUGGCCAAAUCACUUGUUUCUCCAUUACUACAAAAAAGACUGGAUAGAGGACAUCAUGUAACAGAAGAGAUGAAGCUCGCCAUCAAACGUAUACUUCAAAUCCAGGAUCCACUACCGGUACCAGACAACAAGAAGAGUUUUUCAAAGAUAAAUUAA